UAGUUAACCUAUAGUAGUUGUGUUCUUUGAUCAUUUUCAAAAAAGCUCAAAAUUAACCUAGCAAUAGGAAGAAUGUCAUUAGAAAAAAGUACUACUAUUGAUUCCUCAAAUAAGGCCAUUAUCCUAGAUAUUAAACAGAAAACUUUGUCCAACAACUUGUUCUGGAAUGGAAUUUUAUGCAAAUCCCUAGUAUUUUUUACCCUAAUUCUAUAUCUAGUCUACUUUUUCUUGUCCAAUCAUCCAUGUUGUCAAUCAUCAUCCCUAUUAUUCUUCAACAUCAAGUCAUCAAAACAAUACUAUUACUCCAAUAAUAAAACCAAUAUUAGCCACUUAGUUUUUGGAAUUGCAGCCUCAUCAAACACAUGGGGAAACAAAAGAUGGUACAUAAAUUCUUGGUGGAAGCCAAAUAUAACUAGGGGAUAUGUUUUCUUGGAUAGAACCCCAAACGAGCACCUACCAUGGCCUAUUUCCUCACCUCCUUUUAGGAUUUCUAGUGACAAUUCGCGAUACGUGCCUUACAACAAACACAGGAUGCCAUUCGCGAUUAGAAUGGUGAGAGUGAUUGAGGAGACAUUCGCGGAAAACCAUGGCCCGGGUAUCAAGUGGUACGUUAUGGCUGACGAUGACACUGUGCUAAUGAUUGACAAUUUGGUCAACGUGCUUUCGAAGUAUGAUCACACAAAGUACUAUUAUGUUGGGAUGAAUUCAGAGUGUAUUGUGAGUAAUUUUGGGAUGUCAUUUCAAAUGGCAUUUGGUGGUGCUGGUUAUGCUUUGAGUUAUCCUUUAGCACAAGCUGUGGCUAAGAACAUGGAUACAUGUAUAAAGAGGUAUCCAACUUUGUAUGGAAGUGACCACAUUUUACAAGCAUGUAUAGCUGACUUAGGAGUCACCAUUACACUAGAAAAAGGGUUUCAUCAGAUCGACUUGCGAGGCGACAUAUCCGGCUUUUUAUCGGCUCAUCCUCAAUCACCAUUCCUAUCACUCCAUCACCUUGACUUAGUAGCUCCAAUUUUCCCUUCAAUGAACCGUUACGACGCGGUUAACCAUCUAAUGAAAGCAGCAAGUGUUGAUCAAUCUCGACUAUUGCAACAAAGUACAUGUUACAACAAUAGACACAACUGGACAUUUUCAGUGUCAUGGGGCUAUUCAGUGCAAAUUUAUGACAAAAUUCAGUCACAAAGUUUUCUUGAAAGGCCAAUUGAGACAUUUGGUGAAUGGAGGAAAGGAGCAUGGCCACCUUACAUGUUUAAUGUAAGAGGAUUAAAGAGUAAUAAAAAUGGAAAUUCUUGUGGUGAAGUUCCAAAUGUUUUGUUCUUUGAUAAUGUGGAAGGGACUAGGUUGAAUCAUAUUGUUACUACAUAUGUCAAGAAAAGUCCACGGGGUUGUGGCUCGAUUGGUAAUGAUGAUCAUUCUAUUGAUGGGGUCUUGAAAAUUCGUGUGUUUUCUCCUAUGUACAAGCUUCAUGUUGGAGAUGGUAAUAGAAGAGAAUGUUGUGACAUUGUGCAACCAAUUGGAAUGGAUUCAAUGGCCAUCAAACUUAGGACUUGUAUGAAAUCUGAAACUAUUGCCUAA